AUGAACCAUAAUAUUUGUUUUAUGCUUGCAAAACUUAUAUUCGCGAUUAGUUCAGUAUCGUCUGCUGAUUUAAACAAGUUAUUAAUAUCUCCAAUGGGUCCUUACAAAUUAGACGUCAAACAAAUUUACAAUUGCAAUCCUACAAAGAACAAUUUAAUUCAACAUAACAUGUAUGUUAGUAACAAGAACAAUCACACAUUGCUCUUUGGAAAUUCAACCCUUGAAGUUCCUUUUGAUGACUCUUUUUUCUUGGAAUUUAAAGUGGCUGUCAAAGAUUCACUUGGAAAUUGGAAAGAAAAUGUGCUUUCACAUAAAAUAACAAAUGCUUGCUCAUCGUUAAAAAAACUAAUGGGAAUCUCUUGGAAUGCGUUCAUGAAUGGCGCUGGAAGCCAAAAUACCGAAUGUCCUAUACUUCCGGGUUUAUAUAUAUCUCCGGGUUUUGAUCCAAUAUUAUUUGAAAAGUCUAAUUUUCCAAAGACAUUUUUUUACGGAACAUACAAAUGUCGUCUCUUUUACACUCGCAAAAAUGAAAUUUUCGGCUGUCAAGCUAUGGUUGUAGAAUUUAAACGACCUUGA